AUGGAUCACAUAAACAAGACCACAGUCACUGAGUUCAUCCUUCUAGGAUUUCAGAAUGAAAAAGAAGUAGAAAUUCUCCUAUUUUCUGCAUUCCUGCUUAUGUACAUGACGUCUCUGAUUGGCAACACCAUGAUUAUCUUUUUGGUGUGUGGUGACUACCGUCUGCAUUCACCCAUGUAUUUCUUGGUAUCCAAUCUUUCUUUUCUCAAGGUUGCCAUUACGUCCACAGUGGUGCCUAAGAUGCUGGCCAACACACUUUCUCUCACCAAAGCAAUAUCCUUCAUGGGAGGCCUUGCACAGUCUUUCUUCUACUUUCUCCUGGGAUCCACAGAAUUCUUCCUCCUGGCUGUCAUGUCCUUCGAUCGCUGCGUUGCCAUCUGCAACCCACUAAGGUAUACCAUCAUCAUGAACAAGAAAACAUGCGUAUCAUUGCUUCUGGGAUCUUACGGGGGUGCAUUUUUGUCAGUUUUGGCAUCAUCAAUAUUAACUGCUCCUCUGCCCUUUUGUGGACCAAAUGUAAUCAAUCACUUUUUCUGUGACAGUGCCCCUGUGCUGAAGCUGGUCUGUGCGGAUAUCUCUCUGGCUGAACUGGCUGACUUUGUCUCCUCUGCUGUGUUGUUACUGGGUUCCUUGCUCCUGACAGGACUGUCUUACACGUACAUUAUCAUUACAAUCUUUAGAAUUCCCUCUGUCCAGGGACGGCAGAAAGCCUUCUCCACCUGUGUGUCGCAUAUCACGGUGGUAACACUUUACUAUGGAAGCUCCAUCUUCAUCUAUGUCCGUCCAAAAAAGGGCAACGUGAUGAAUGUUAGCAAAUUUGCCACAGUACUGAAUACCAUUGUAACACCAAUGCUGAAUCCUUUUAUCUACAGUCUUUGA